UGUCAUAAAGAACCUCAUAGCCUUUUACAAGUGCAGAACACGUGAAGGAGGAACAGACUGGUUAAGACUUUCAGUAAAUAGUACGACAGUAAGAUGGAUAUUUUUGUCCAGUAGUCAACAUUUUUUGGAUCUUCACGUGUCACCUGUCCGAAGGCUGAAGUAUUACAUUAGCAGCGAUCGUCACGCUACUGACAGAAAACUUUACAAAAAAAGACCCAAAGUAGGGCUCUAAGUGGAACUAUGGACGUUGGAUCCAGAAAGCUGCUGCUGCUGAUCCUGUUGUUAAAUAUUACAGUUUCAGUAUCAGGUAUCCAGGACGUGAAGGUGUCAUGCCAUCCUGAGAAGAUCUGUGCUCUGAGGGAGUCAUCUGUGACCCUGACGUGCUCUUACUCAAAUAUCAUCAUCAUCACUGGCUUCUGGUUCAGCCUAAAGGACAAAGCUAAAUGGAGGAAGGAGGAACAUCCAGAGGAUUUAGCUUUAGACUCAGACUACGCAGGACGUGUGAGCUACACAGAGAUGACAAACUUCCGCUCGACUCUUACAAUAACAGACCUGAGAGAGAGAGACUCAGGGGAAUAUCGCCUCGUGUUCAUUACGGAUAAAGGAGAGAAAUAUCUGAGCUCAGCUGGAGUUACUCUAACAGUUACAGACCUGCAGGUGACCCACGACUCCACACAACAAAGUCUCACCUGCCGCACUUCCUGUCCUCUGACCUUUACUGUUCAGUAUAACUGGCACAAGAAUGGAAAAAUCUUUGAGAAAUACAAAGACAACAUGGAAACAUUCUCUUUAAGUAAAGCUGAAGAAGGCAGUUACUCCUGCUCUGUUCACAGCUAUGGUACUAUUCUCUCUCUUCCAGUGUGUGUUGGCAGGAGCUGUUAUAGUGUGACCUACAGAGACAAAAGAGUCUGUGCUGUGGAAGGGUCUUCAGUGGAGUUUGCUGGAAAUUACUCACAUCCCAGUGAUCUGAGUGUUAGAGAAGUAUUCUGGUAUUAUUUUCAGAGUGGUAAAGACUCCAAGAACCUGACGCAGGAAACACAGUUUACUAAUCGAGUUGAAUAUGUGGAACAAGACAAAAGCAGCACUUUGAAAAUGAAAAACCUGUCAAAGAAAGACUCUGGAGAAUAUCAACUUAGAUUCCUUACUAAUGAUGGUAAAGGAUUCUCUGCUGAACCUGGAGUGAUUCUGAGUGUUACAGGUAAUGUCCUACACUGAACUGUCUCUAGUUCU